UGAGUUAUUAGACGCUGCUCUCAAAACAUCCUUCAUCAGACACCAAGGAGAGGCCAACAGAUGAGGGGAGCCAUUUUUCUGCAAUGGAAUUAAAUGGCCAAGUGGGUUUUUCCUUUGUUGCAAAUGGGGAAUGUUUUUCCUUUGACUCCACCAUCCAGUUCAGGACGCCUCAGUGUUGUGUUUAACAUUUGUCAACAGGCUAAAGGACUCACAAUUGGAAGAAUGAAGAAGACUUUUUAAAAAGAUCUGGAUUUUUCCUUAUGACUUGGAAUCCAUCUUUGUCUUGUAUAACUAGGUCAUAGCACACCAUUAAUGUCAGCAGUUAACAAUUUUGAAUUCCAAAAAACCUAAAGCAGUAAACAGUCCUCAGCGAAGCCGCCUUUUGCCAACCCAACCCUGGAAAAUUUGCAGAAGUGGAAGGAGCAGAAAAUGCCAUGAGGGUGUAACUUUAAAAAGGAUCAGGACCGGAGAAGGGGCCCGGUACCCCCAGAGUGGACCGUCCUCCUUUGGACAGAAGCAGGCCUAGUUUGACAGUCCUCCCACUAAGGAAUUCCUGGUGAAUAGAAUGGCAUGGGUCCUCGGAACAUUUUGCAGGGCGCCGCCGCCAGUGCUGCCUGCUCCCGGCUAUGGACAACCUUGGGGCCCCAGCCCCUACUGCCGCACCGGGCCCGGGCAAGAAGGAGCUGAAAAUCGUGAUUGUGGGCGACGGCGGCUGCGGCAAGACUUCGCUGCUCAUGGUGUACAGCCAGGGGUCCUUCCCCGAGCACUACGCCCCAUCCGUGUUCGAGAAGUACACGGCCAGCGUGACGGUGGGCAGCAAGGAGGUGACCCUGAAUUUAUACGACACCGCCGGGCAGGAAGAUUAUGACCGGCUGCGGCCCCUGUCCUACCAGAACACCCAGCUCGUGCUCAUCUGCUAUGACGUCAUGAACCCCAUCAGCUAUGACAACGUUCUCAUCAAGUGGUUCCCUGAGGUCACCCACUUCUGCCGUGGGAUCCCUAUGGUGCUUAUCGGCUGCAAGACAGACCUGAGGAAGGACAAGGAGCAGCUGCGCAAGCUCCGGGCGGCCCAGCUGGAGCCCAUCACCUACACGCAGGGCCUGAGCGCCUGUGAGCAGAUCCAAGCUGCCCUCUACCUGGAAUGUUCCGCCAAGUUUCGGGAGAACGUGGAGGACGUCUUCCGAGAGGCCGCCAAGGUUGCCCUCAGUGCUCUGAAGAAAGCACGGCGGCAGAAACAGCACCGCCUGUGCCUGCUGCUUUGACACCUCCCGGCGGGGCCCACGGCCCUCACGAUAGAACUGACAGGACCCAGGUCCCCAGGUCCAGGCUGCUCCCCGGAUCCUGCCCCCGCCCCAGCUCUCGAAGGGCACUUGGAGUCAGACGUCUCCAGGGCCUGGUGUCUGGAGCCUGUGGCCAGGCUCUUGGAACAUUCUGGAACUCUCUCCUUUCCCAGAUGGAGCUCUGACCACGAGCUCCCCUCCAGCCUGCGUGGUGGUGGUGGUGAGCGAGGGUGCUGGACUCAGUCCCUCUGUACCCUGGAACUAGCAUUUGUCCCCAGGACUCAGCAGUGCCCUCAUCACAACCAAGCCCCAGCUGUGUGUCCCCCUCUGCACACCCAGUAGGUCCUCAAAGCCUGUGCUUGAGGUGGGAAAUGACAUCUGGUAUGAGGAUAAAUGUGGACUUGGCAGCGUUCCACACGGCCCCCAAGCCUGCUCUCCCAAGUCACCCGCCUCCCUGGUUUCCUGAGAUAGGCAUGGCUGCAUCCUCUAGCUUCUUGCUUCCUCCCCGCAGGAACUCAGGCACCAGGAUGGGACCGAGGCCUAUCAGGAGAACACAGGCCCCAAGCCCAAACGUGGGGGGCCGGCACCAGCCCCCCUCCCUCCUCCCUCCCAAACAGAGGACUUCAGUCUCGGGUCUCGGCCUUGGCCGCCAUCUUUCCAGAGCUGGACGCACACGAGGCAGAGAAGAACCUCUCUCAAAAAGCAAAAAGUAUUCUCUGGACCAUCCAUGUGACCCUCGCUCAGCGCCUCCUCACCUGCAACCCCUCCGCUCGCCACUACUUGCCAGAAACCCGAGAUGAAAAGUGACAUCAGCUCCGAGUGAUCUUGGGCAAGUCAGGUCUCUCUACAGACUGUCUGCGGAAGGACGGCACUGGCUCAUGUACAUAGUCAUCGAGCUCCCGUCUCUCACAGCCUCCAAUUCUGCCAAGAUGUGGGGCUCUGGAACCAAGGCCAUCCUGGCCUCCUGCGAGAACAGAUUUGAUUAACCCCCAGUGCAGAUUCACUGAACCUCCUAGAAGGUCUGAGGUCAGGGGCCCAAGAGUUU